UUAACUUCAAUGUCAUUGUAAAAUAUUUAUUUUUGUAGUUUAUGGGAGCAAGGGAGAGUUUUAUUUUUGUAUUAUUUUUUUGAUAUGUGAAAUACCAUGUUACAAUUAUUAUUAUCAACAUUAGAAACUAGGGAGAGAAAAUUGGAACAAGGUGCUUUAGUAGCAGAUCCGCUGAUUAUUGCUGAACGUGUGGUAGAUCCAAAUAAUCCUUUUAUAAAAGAUGAGCUAUUUGAUAAUGAAUUUCUCUUUAGAGAGAUCGCCUACUUUAUUGCCAGAUUAGAUCAAUUUGAAAAUGCUUUAAUCUUCUUUAAUAAGGCUGUAUCUCAAACACCAACUAACAUAAGGUCUCUACUGGGUCGAUCGAAGGCCAGAGCAGCAGCAUGCUAUUAUAUAGGUGCAUUGGCGGACACGUAUAGAGCGUUUAGCAUUGCACCUGAUAAUCCGACUGUGUCUGCUCAAAGAGCGCUUAAUCUGUAUUUAAUGUCAGAGUUCGAAACCGCCUUAAUUCACAAUUUGAGACAUCUCACGGAAAGAAUAAAGCCGGAAGUGUUCUCAGAUGGAGUUCGACAUUGUUCGAUUGCUAUUGAAAAUUCUGUAGGGGAAUCUGCUGGAACCCCUCUACGUGAUUAUUUUAAAUUAAUUAGAAAAAUUGCGUGGGUAAAAAAUAUCCUCUCGUCCCACCCCGACAACUUUAUUCCAAGGGGAAAAAAAGAUAAGAAGUUAGAUAUUGGAAAAAUAAUUUUAAAAAACCAUGCUGAGAAGGAUAAGAAGAAAGUCAAACGUCUCUCUGUGAAAGACAGUCAACCAGCAAAGAGAGAAAUAUACGACACUCUUCACGAUGUAACAGAAACGAGUAGCAAUAUCGUUAUACCACCGUUUACUGAAGAAUAUCCAUUUUCUCCUGUGCAGCAUUAUACAACUAAUAUUGAAAAUUUUAUGUCAGAAAAGUAUUUAGAUGUCAUGUAUAGAGAGAAGAACUUCCUUAGAGAUAUAAAAUAUAAACAUGGCAUUGAAUGUCCAAACGCUAAAGGAACACAAAAAAUUAAAGCCCUGGCUAAGAAAGCAUAUCAAGUCGUAUCGGGUAAACAGGAGCUUCUACGUAGUCGUCGUCCAUUUUACCACCUAAGAUAUCAAGUAGAUAAAUGUACCACAAAUGUUGAAAAGCGGUUAAAACAAGAGCAGUAUUUAAUUCAACUAAAUUACAGAAAAGAAGCCGAAGCUUUACUUAAGAAAAUGGUGAUUGCUCAAGAUAAACAUAACCUCUACACCACUCUUACAGCAUGUGAGCAACUAGAUCAUUUUUGUCAAAACAAAUCAAAGAAAUACCUUCCAGACAAACAGUAUUUUAUGAGUGAAAUAUUCAAAGUAGUAAGGAAAGCCUUCUAUCAGCUUUUGCGACUGAAUCCCAUACAGUUUAAAUGGGAUCAAGAGAAAAGAAUUAUGUUAUCAUUUGGUCUACCAGUAAGUAGAUGUCCAUCAAAUGAUUCUGUGAUAAAUAAUUACCAACCUGCUUUUGUGGAUUUUAGAAAACGCAUUGAAAUCUUCGAAAACAAAAUCGAACAGGCAGAGUCUACUGAAGAGAUAUGCUGGUGUGCCCACGAAUUAGGACGAUUUUAUUUACAUACUAAAAAGUAUGAAAUGGCCAGAUCAUACGCGUUUAAUUGUCAGAGGCAAGCGACGAAAGAUCCUGAGUUGUUUGAAUGGAACGUCAAUGCGUGCGUUUUGCUUGCUAAGAUUGAUAUAGCACAAAAAAUUAAACCUGAUGCUAGGAAUGACAUAAACAAAGCUAUAGAUGUUGCAACACAAUACAACGACAACAAAGUAGUGGAAUAUUUAAGGUUGUGUUUGGACGUGAUAGACAAAAUAGAAUUUGACUUGCAUGGUCCACGGGUCUUAGAACGGCGUAAAAACAAUAUUCUAAAAAUUAUGCAAAGCGAUAAAAUGAAAGAAGAAUUCAAACACUUGUUUUCACAAAUAAAAAUGCAAAGGCCUGGUAGGAGGAUGACACUUGUACCAGGUAUGGACGGGUACGAAGAGAAAAAGCCACAAAAACAUACUUCUGGCACAACAGGUAGUGAAAGUUCUCCGCCGCCACCAAGAAGAGCUUCUUUGAGCGUGAGAUCAAGACCACCAAGUGUCCAUGCCCUUAAGCUGAAGAAAACAAUAAGUGUAAGUGAAUACUUGGAAAUGAACCCACUUUGAAUUAUAAAUUUUAAUCAUAAAAAUCAUUGUAGAUUAAUUUGUAAAAUAAAUUAUUGGCCAAGAAA